AUGUUUAAAAGCAUAACUCAUACAAUUGAAAAACAUGCAAAAUAAUGAUGACAAAAAUAAUUAUCAAAAUUCAUACAACAAAAAACAAAUUAUUAUGACCUCGUUAAUAUAAGAUGUACGUUAGUUUUCACGAUCAGCCUCAAUAUGUUGUGUGUGAGUGUCGUUUUUGAUACCGUUCUGCCGCCCGUAAAUAGCUGUAGCGCUCUACUAAUCAACGAUGUUUUCAGAAUGGGCGAGAUCUCCUUUUUCCGCUUCUUGAAGCCAUGGCUCAGAAGUGAUUUCCUGUUUCGUCGGACUUCGUUGUACCAAUCCCAACAAGAAUGUCUAAAGCUUCUUCACGGGUUCACAGAUUCGGUGAUUCAGUCCAGGAGAGAGGAGCUAAGCAAGUCAAAAGACGCGUCCGAAACUCCACAGACGUCACCACAAGGCCGGAAGCGGCUGGCGCUGCUGGACCUGCUGCUGGCCUCCACCAUUGACGGCCGGCCGCUGAGCGAUGCCGACAUCAGGGAGGAGGUCGACACGUUCAUGUUCGAGGGUCACGACACAACUUCGGCCGGCGCCAACUGGACCCUCUACAACCUGGGCCGGCAUCCCGGCAUACAGCAGAGGGCCUUCGAGGAGGUGCGGGAUGUCCUGGGCGACGACGACCGGCCUGUGACGCGCGAGGACCUGUCGCAGCUGCAGUACCUGGAGAUGGUGAUCAAAGAGUCGCUGCGGCUCUUCCCGCCCGUGCCCAUGAUCGGACGCCGGCUCAACUCGGACGUCGUCAUCGAUGGGUGCAGCGUGCCGCAGCGGUGCAGGAUCGGCCUCCUGGUGUACGCCAUCCACCGUGACCCGCGCCACUGGCCCGACCCGGACACGUUCGAUCCGGAGCGGUUCAGCCCCGAGGCCUCGCGCGGCCGCCACCCCUUCAGCUACGUGCCGUUCUCAGCCGGGCCACGCAACUGCAUCGGACAAAAGUUCGCGCUGAUGGAGGAGAAGGUGUUGAUCGACUGUCUGCGCAACUUCAAGAUCACGUCGCACGACAAGCGGGAGGACAUCAAGCUGCGCGCUGACGUCAUCCUCAGACUUGAAGGUGGUCUCUGGCUCAGCUUCGCGCCGCGUCACUGAUGACGUCACUCGUCCCGUCACACGCCGCGUCACUGAUGACGUCAC